UCGACAUGCGUUCGUCUUCUGCCGAGGAGGAGCUCGCGCCAGCUCUAGAGCGCCCUGAACCUGUUGCUCGACACCCAGGCAGACUGUCGCCACGCCGCUCACGCACAUUUGAAGACUCCAGUGAGAAUGUUCCAAGCCCGACAUCCAAAGCAGCCACGGCCGCCGGCACGGGCGACAGGCAGCGGGGUCCUCUCACCAUAUUUGAUCCCUCCCAUCCCAUGCGGCGGCAGGACUACGCUGCGCUGCCGACCGAUGGCACAAUGGGCCCGGCCCCGCCGUCCAAGGCAGAAGUCAACACCCAGCGCUUUAUCGAUAGCUGCAGGUGCACGGCAAGACAGCUCUGUAUCUACGAGUGACUGUUGUCUGUUUGUGUAGGCUUGAGUAUGAGAGCGAGGAGUGGUCGUUCCCUGGAUGGGGCUCCCAGUAUACGCUGAACACAGGCAUCAAGGGCAUGUCCUUCUACGAGAGGGAUGUGGCGCUGGGGGAAUUGGAGGCCACGGCCAUCUGUGGCAACGACAUCACCUCAAGCUGUACGCACACAGCCACCCAUCAUCCACACCAUCCAGCUCUGUGUUUAUAUAUAUCUCUAGGUUUCUACGCCACCGGUGAGCUGAUAAAGGAGAGCGGGAUGCUGGCGCCCAUCUGCUCGCUAUUCGCCGCACUGACUCUGCUGCUCUUCCGGUUCAUCUAUGGCGAGGUGGUCAUGGCCCUGCCGCUGAAUGGUGGCGUGUACAACUGUCUGCUCAACUCGAGCCAGAAGAGCACGGCAUCGGUUGCAGCAUGCCUCACCAUCUUGUCAUACAUAGCCACGGGAGUGGUGAGCGCCGUCAGUGCCGUCAACUACCUGGUCGGUGCUCUUGCGUCGCCCGGUGGCAAUGCGCUCGGGAUCGUGCUGGACGAGAGUUUCAACGUGGUGCCCAUUGCAAUAGCCAUUCUCGCCGUGUUCGCCAUAUUGCAGCUGGUGAGUGGAUGAUACACACACAGGCACAUGUGCAGCCACCCGCACAUAUGUAUUAUCCCAAUGUCUCAGAUUGGUCUGAAGGAGUCGUCGUUCGUGGCCGUGCUUCUCUUCAUCGCCCACCUGACGGUGCUGGCCGUCCUCACCACAUGGGCCAUCAGCUUCCUGGUCGCCCACGGCCCGCAGCCGAUAUGGAACACCAUCAAGCACAACUUCGCCGUCCACAUGAAGCUCAUCCGUGCCAGAUACUUCGUCGACGAGGCCCUGCUCAAGCUGGAGAACGAGGAGGAGGGACUGGGGGGCGGGACACCUGGACAGGUGCGAAGCGAACGAUGCAGUGGUGAAGUCAGUGAGACAUCGCUGUUCGGAUGUGGGGCUUGGGUGUUUGUGCACACAGUUGGGUGCUGUUGAAGGUCCACUGGGCACGUGGGGUAUGUGGUCUCGCGCGCUGGCCGCCGGCUUUUCGGCAGCCAUGCUAGGGACCUCAGGUCAACACACACAUACACGCACAUAGACACACAGGCAGCAGAGCGAGUGGAUGUCUGAUGCAGGAUUUGAGACGAGUGCGAAUUUUGUGGAGGAUCAGAAGGCCGGUGUGUUCCCCCUGACCCUGCGCAACAUGUGGGCGUUGGUGAGUGUCAUCAACCCCGUCCUCAGCACACUCACCAUCAUCAUCAUGCCACUCGACCACCUCCUCGUCUCGAGUGUUGCCGUAAGCAAACAACAAACGCCCGCUCCCGCACCAGUUGUCUCUCUCGUGUGUGUCAGAUGCCGCCGAUGCCGCUCGGCGGCCCUGGUGGAGGGGAGAGGGCUGGCGAGGUGGCGGUGACGCUGCGCCUGCUUGCAGAGAGCACGCGGAGCGACACUCCACACAAGAAGGCUUACACAUAUGCCGUGGCCAUGCUCGCUGACAGAUGUACGUCCGUGAACACACACAAAUGUGUCACGUGCAGCUCUUUCUUUUUCUCUUUCUCUGUGUGUGUCAGUGGGCGGCCCGUGGCUGCGUCUCGUUAUCGCAUUUGAUGCUAUGCUGGUUUUGUCGGGAUCGGUGCUCACCUCAUACGUCGGGGUAUACACCCCUACACACACACACACACACGGACUUCUGACAUGAGAUGUGUGUGUGUGUGUGUGUGUAGGUGACAGGUUUGAUCGACCGUAUGGCGUGCGACGGCUGUCUGCCCGAGUGGUUUCUCGAGGUCAACCCAUGGCGCGGCACGGCACACUGGAGCAUACUCUUCUUCUUCGGUCAAACAGACACACACACACACACACACACAACAGACAGACAGACAGACAGGCGGGAUGAGUGUCUGUGUCCGUGCAGCUGUGUGCAGCAGUAUGUGUCUGGUGUGCAACGGUGAGAUCGACUCGCUGGCGGCCAUCUACUCGAUCGCCUUCCUCCUCGUCAUGUGCCUAUUCGCCGGCGCCGGACUCUACCUCAAGAUAUCGAGACCGAACCUACAGAGGCCGCAGAGGUCCUGUCAGCCACACAUCGAGAGAGAUGAACCAUAUGUGUGUGAUGUGUUACGUUGUGGUGUCUCACUUUUUGCCUGUGCAGGUACUCUGCGUGGGUGUUUGUGUGGGGUUUCAUCCUCGUGGCGAUCGCCUUUGUGGCGGUGCAGCUGGAGCACCCGAGAGAGCUCUCGCUUUUCUUCUUCUACUGGUUCAUCGUUGUGGUAAAGAAGCCAUAGGAAGCAGACAGCGCGCGAAGGCAGGUGUGAAAGAGUACGAUGGAUGGAUGCUGUCGUGUGAUGUGAACAGGUGUUGGUGAUGGCCACAUUUUAUCGCACAAGAGUCGCAAAGGUCAUCAUCCAACUGCUUGGGUAAACAACAGCAACUCGCCAGAAAAAGUCAUGCAUGCCUUCUCUCUCCUUGACGCCGAUCAGUUUUGCCCUCGGCCGCACCGACGUCGCCCACAGCCGGCAUUCUUCCCAGCGUGCGUCCUUCGGCAGCACAUCGGCCCUGCUCGACUCGCCCCAGCCUGAGCCCAUCACUCCUCCUCCUUCGCCACCGCCACCGCCACCGCCCCCGUCGACGUCUCUUCUGUCGUGCAUGUAUCAGUCGGUCCGGUGCUGCGCCACAUGCUUCUACGCGCCAAGAUCGGCGCUUGUCACGCUGCACGAGUAGGGAAAAGGGAGCGAGUGAGAUGGCGGAAUGGGGCUGAGUGUAUAUGAUGUGAUGCGUCUCUCGGGUUGUUCUUUGCAGCGCCCUUGUGGUGUAUGUGCAAAAGUGUCGGAGCCGGUCGGUCAUCUUCUUUGCAAAGACGGGUGGGUGCGGCCAUCUGUGGUGGUGCAAUCUGUGGGUGGUCAGUGAUUGUGUUGUUGUUGUUGUUGUUGUGUGUCUUGUCGACAGCUGACUUGGCAGUGCUGAACAAGGCCAUCAUGUACAUCAUGGCCAACGAGGAGGCAAGAUGGGUCAGAGUGUGCCACGUAAGCUGAUCCACUCACUGCUAUCAAACAGCCUUACUGACACGAGACGAAACCUUUUUGCUAUUGUUCAGUGCUUUCUUUACACCGAGACCGUGCCAAAGUGAGAGCGGCAAGCAACUAGUAGAUGAGCAUCUGACAGAUCCCUCCCUCCCUCCCUCCCUCCAUGUGUGUGGUGCAGGAAUAUGGGCGAGUAUGUCGCCAUCCUCGAUGCAGUCUAUCCAAAGGUGACACGUACAGUGCCGUGCUGCAGGCCUGUAUGUCUUUUGCCCAGCAUGUGAGUGUGCCUGCGUUUUCCCUUGUGUGUGUCUCAGAUCCGUAUCGACUGCGUGUUCGUGAGAGGUCGCUUCGGGCAUGACGUCAUUACCUUCCUCACACGAGAGGUAGCAAUGCGACUUUUGCUCGCUGGCUGGCUGGCUGUACGAUCAUGUGCGAUUGUUUAUUUGCAGCUGGGUGUGACCCCCAACAACAUGUUCAUCUCAUGCCCAACAUCCAACUUCAAGUGAACAACUAACUCUCAGAUCGAUUGAGCAAUGUCUGCCCGUCAUGUGCUCCCGCAGGCACCGGCUGGAGUCUCUUGGUGGUGUGCGUGUCAUCCUGGGGAGCGACCCGCAUCCCCUGCCGAAAUACGCAGAUCCUUUCCUCUCCCCCCCACUCCUCAACACCGUCAGAAGAAGACACACCACCAUGACCACACACGCAGGAGGGCGGCUGUCCACCACCCACUCAGCCCUCACUGACCAGUCGCCCCGCCCAGCCAGAGCCAGAUGGGGGGGCAUCCCACGCGCACAUGCGGCCUUCGAGAGGCGCGCGCAGUCUGUCGACGUGGGUGGCUGGGGGUCGGGCGGCACGGGAGACAUGAGUGGGCGGGCUUCGCGGCAGCAGCCGCAGAUUCAGAGGAGUGGUUUGGCGGCGAUUGCUGAAGGGCAGCAGCAGGGAGAGGAGCCGGCCAGGAGCCGGUCGGUGCCGCCGCAGGAGGGGGAGAGGGGCGUGGAGGGGACGGAUGGGGAGGGGAGCGCUCCUGCUUCUGCCACGGUGUCGCCGAGAGAGGGAGAUCCUUUGCUUGACCAAGGGGAUGACCAGGGGGCGGUCAGGCUGCGCAUACACUGAUGGCAGCGUUAUAUUUACUGGCUUGGCUGUCUGCGUGCG